AUGGACACACCAUCAUCAAACCGCUGCCGGGCCUCCCGCACCAGCUGCGUCCAACCCUCCUCAACCCCCCAAUCCCGCGACUCCGAACUCGCGACACCGCGAAAUCCACCAUCCCUCCCAAGCCCGACAGAACGACUCCUCGUAGCCGUAUUCCCCACCAUCCUCAUCUUCGGCGCCAUCUUCUCCCUCGUAUCGCCGCACACGCGCAACGCCGAAUUCGACUACGUCACACAAUCGCACUCGCAGACUUCCCCGCCAAGCUACUUCGCGCACAAGGGCAACGUAUUCAACCGAUACUUCGUCAAGCAAGGAUGGGCGUGGACGACCGGCGCCUUUUUGCUCUUCGCGCUGACGCAUCCUUCGUUGAGGGCCGGUUCCAAGAGGGCGCAGGCGUUGGCGCGGUUUGCGCUCGUCACACUUUGGUGGAUCUUGGUUACGCAGUGGUGUUUCGGGCCGGCGCUUAUUGAUAGGGGGUUCAGGCUUACCGGUGGUGCGUGUCAGGCGCUGGAGGAGUUGGUGGAGGGGGAUAGGGAGGCGGCUAAGUUGGAGUUUUUCACGGCCGUGACAUGUAAGGCUGCCGGGGGACGUUGGGCUGGUGGUCAUGAUAUCUCGGGACAUGUGUUUCUGCUGGCGUUGGGGAGUGGGUUCUUGAUGCAGGAGCUUGGGUGGGCUGUUGCGCGGUGGGCUGGGAGAGGGAGGGAGGAGAGGGCAGUGGUGAUGGAUGAUGGGGCGGUUAAGGGGGCUGGGGUUGAGAGUGCGGCGGCGUUCGGUGAGGGGAGGGAGAGGGGAGGGGACAAGAUUGGUUUUGGGGGAAAGGUUAUUUUGGCGGUUGUUGGGUUGGAUCUGUGGAUGUUGUUGAUGACGGCGAUUUACUUCCAUACGUGGUUCGAAAAGUUUACUGGACUAGCCGCCGCGAUUUUGGGAUUGUAUGGCGUCUACAUCGUCCCCAGGCUUGUCCCAGCUCUCGUCAAGUCGGCCUUCUCAAAAGCCCGCGCCAAUGGCGACCUGCUCUACUUCCAGACCUAUGUGACGGUCUUAGCCCCGGCCUCCAUCCCAUUCCAGCUCCGCUUCUCCCCCGCGCUGGCGAGCAAACCCACCGCUCCCCUCCCCGUCCCAAACGCCCCCAAAAAAGUCUUCGACCCCUUCGACAACCCCGCCAAAGAACUCCUCGUCGCCGAAAUCCAACCAUCGCACAACCUCGUCCUCAACAAAUUCGCCAUCGUCCCCGAGCACUUCAUCCUCGCGACCAAAGACUUCCGCGAACAGACGCAUCUCCUCGAAGAGAGCGAUCUAGCCGCCACGUACGCGUGCAUCUCGGCCUACCAUGAGUCCGUGCCCGCUGGCGAGCUGGGCAGCGAGGUGGGCGAGGGAGAGUUAUUCGCGUUUUUCAACUCGGGGGAGUUUUCGGGUGCGAGCCAGCCGCAUAGACAUAUUCAGCUCCUUCCCGUUUCGAGGAUGCGGGAGGGGCUUGAGGGGGAGGAGUGGGAUGUCCUUGCGAAGAGGUUAGUCGGCGAGGUGAAGGACUUGCCGUUUACGGUUUUCGCGGCGCAUAUAGAGCCCGGUAUCGAAGGGUGGGAACUGAGAGAGAAGUAUCUUGGUUUGUACAGGCGGGCGUGCGUGGCUGUCGCCGAGUGGCUAGGAAGGGAGGAGAUUGCCCACGGGGCGGAGACGCAGACGAGUGGGGAGGCGAGGAUUAGAUAUAACUUGGCCAUGACGCGGCAUGCGCUCAUUGUGUGUCCGCGGUUGGCUGAGGGAGGCCCCGUGUGGGAGGGGGGCGAGGUCGUGGGGAAGGUGUCUUUGAAUGGGACGGUGUUGGCGGGGACGGCGCUGGUGAAGAAUUUGGCGGAAUGGGAUUCUUUGAGGCAUGAUCCGGACGGGUUGUUGCAAGUCUUGAAGGUUAUUGGCGUGCCGAAGAGGUACGAGGAGAAGGUAAUCGAAGAGACGAGAGCGGAUGGGGUGCUGAAGAGUUCUAUCUAG